AUGGAGAAACAAUAUUUACUGUUGGUGGUGUUGAUAUUGGUCUGCGCAUUAAUAACACUAUACAUUAUUUGGGACAAUUGUGGAAAUAUAAAAGACAAAGAUCUAUCAUCAUUCAAGACUUUGAAAUAUGUUUCAAUUAUGAAAAAAAUUGAUGGGGUUCAAUAUCUUAAAAUAACAAAUCAAGUUGAAAAUCGUAGAAAUUCAUCUGUUAAUUUUGAUUUGUUAGUUUUUUCGUUUAUUGCAAUUAAUGGAGAUGGGAAUAUAAUUUGCUUGGAUAUUAAUGGGAAAAAAGGUAUACUGUUUGUUGGUCAUAAAGGUGAUGUGAAUUUUUAUGUUAAUAAUUCCAAGUUUGUAACAAAUGUCGACUAUUUUUCUCAAUAUUGGGAUAGUGCUAUUAAAUUUAUAGAUCCGUGGUCUGCUUACUUUGAUCCUAAAUGGAUAGGAUUUAAUUUUGUUUGGAAUAAUCGCACAAUACAAGCAGGAGAAACUCAGAAUUACACAUACUGUGUCGGCUUCGGCCAAUAUGUUACCCAUCAAAUUAAUCUUUUAGUUCCAAUUGACGAACACCAGGACACAGGCAGCCAAUUUAUUAUUCAACUUUCUAUUGAUUCAACAGUUAAAAACUCCGUAUUUAAUAUUACUAGGAAAACAAAUUAUAUACAAAAGGAUAGAUAUGGUUAUAGUGAAAGAAUUCUUCAAAUUGAAGACAAAAAUUUCACAAAUCUUAUUGAUAAUGGAGACACGUACUUUUUGAAUGAUACAAUUAAUUUACCUAAAUCUCCAUUAGGAUUUUACAAUAUCACCUAUAUUCUUAAAGAUUUAGAUGGAUCAUACACACUCCACGUUCCAGUUAUUAAUAAAAAUCUCCCUCGCCUCACAGUACUUUCGAGCUUUAAAGAGAAUUAUACAUAUCCAGAAAUUUUUAGUUUUAAAGCUAAAAUCAAAGAUGAAGAAAAUGUAACUUUAAUAAUAAACCAAAUGGAAUAUAACAAAAAUUUUGAAUGUAAUGGAUCAGAGUUAGUUAUAGUCGAUAAUGUUUCAGUUUCAAGAAACCUUCGAAUCAAUGAGGUUUAUACAUGUAAUAUUUAUGCUAAAGAUUUGUAUGGUCAAAAAAGUGAAGUGUUUAACUUCACAUGUAGAGUAACUAAUUGUAUUAAUGGAUACUAUAAUUCUGGCUAUAUUAUUUGUACCGGAUGUGACUAUCCAUGCUCACAAUGCACUUCAAAAUAUUCGUGUACCGGGUGUUCAGAAGGUUACUUUUUAUAUAAAGAUAAAUGCAAAAAAGAUUGCAACAUGGGAACAUUCCCAAAUUAUAGUACCCGAAUAUGUGAUGCAUGCAAUAACACAUGCCAAUCAUGUGACAGUUUAUCAUAUUGCUAUUCUUGCAAAAAUGGUUAUUAUUUGGACAAUAACAAAUGCGCUAGGGAAUGUAGCCCAGGAAAAUACUUUCCAAAAGGCCAAAAUCGAUGUUAUUAUUGCAAUUACCCGUGCAAGGAAUGCGAUUUUUCAUCGACAAAUUGCACAAGCUGCAGAGAUGGAUAUUAUUUGCAAGGAAAUACAUGCGUGAGAUCAUGUAAUCUUGGAUUCUUUGCAAAUCACAUUACAAAAAUUUGUGAACCAUGUGAUGAAAAAUGUACAGAAUGUAAUGAAAGUGCUACAAAAUGCAGUAAAUGCACAGAUGGAUAUUACCUGAAAGAUACAGAGUGUGUUUCUUCAUGCGGUUCAAACUAUUAUCUUAAUGAAACCAUUAGAAGAUGUGAAUUUUGUCAAAGCUCUUGUUACGAAUGUUCUGGACCAUAUAGCAAUCAAUGCCUUUCUUGCACAGGAGAAUAUAAUUCUAGACAAGAUCUUCACCAGUGCUUGAAUAAUUGUGGUGAUUAUUAUUUUGGAAAUGAAAACAUAUGCAAGAAUUGCGCCGUAAAUUGUAAAAACUGUCAAUCUCAAACAGAAUGUAUUAAAUGUGAAGAAUCUUUUUAUUUACAAAAUGGCAAAUGCCAACCAAAGUGUAAUGAUCACAAUUAUGGUGAUAAUCAUAACAUCUGUCAUGAAUGCAGUAGGAAUUGUUCAUCAUGUAGUAUAUUACCAAACUUUUGUACCUCUUGUUAUGAAGGAUAUUUUCUUCAAGGGUCUAUAUGCGUUCAAAAUUGUGAAAAAGGUUAUUAUUCAAAUUCAAAAAGGGAAUGCGUGAGAUGCAUGUGUAAUUGUGAUGAAUGCAGUUCUCAGACGAAGUGUGAUAAAUGUAGUCCUGGAUUUUCUUGGAAUGGAAUUAGUUGCGUUAGCAAAUGUUUAAUUGUUGACAUUAGUAAGUUUUAUGAAUGCUUUGGAUGGAGUAGGGAGUUAAAAAUCAAUUUGAUAGUAAUUGUCUUAGGGUUUUCUAUUUGA